UAAUAAAAAUAACAUUACAACUCUUGGAAAGGACCUGUUCGAGGGAAUGAAGAAACUUCGAGUCCUGAGGAUAUCAGACAACCCGUUUACUUGCGAUUGUCAUUUGUCAUGGCUAGCAGGCUGGCUGCGCCGUAAUCCCCGUCUUGGACUGUUCUCCAAGUGUAACAUUCCUCUAUACCUGAAAAACAAGGCAAUAGCUGAGCUGCAUGAUUUUGAUUUCAGAUGCACAGGUGCUGAAGAAGAGCCACCUGCUGGAUGUUCUCGGGAACCUAUGUGCCCCCAUCCUUGUUCUUGCUACGAUGGAGUUGUCGACUGCAGAGACAAAGGUCUGAGUCGGAUACCAGAUCAUAUACCGGAUACAGCAACGGAACUACGGCUGGAACAAAACCAGAUUCGAGAGAUACCUUCAAAGGCUUUUGCUUCCUUUAAAAGGCUGAAAAGGAUUGACCUAAGCAAUAAUGAAAUUUCGAAAAUUGCUGGUGAUGCUUUUAGUGGAUUGAAAACCUUAACAUCAUUAGUUCUAUAUGGGAAUAAGAUAACCGAUUUGACGAGCGGAAUCUUUAAAGGUCUUUCAUCCUUACAGCUGCUGCUUUUGAACGCAAAUAAGAUAUCCUGUCUGCGGAAAGAGACAUUCAGCGAUUUGCAGAAUCUCAAUCUCUUAUCUUUAUACGACAACAAUAUUCAGUCUUUGGCAAAUGGUACCUUCAACUCCUUGCACAACAUCCAGACUUUACAUUUGGCGAGAAAUCCUUUUAUUUGCGACUGCAAUCUCCGAUGGUUGGCGGAAUACUUACACGCCAAUCCUAUAGAGACAAGCGGAGCGAGAUGUGAGACUCCACGUCGCAUGCAUCGACGACGGAUUAGUCAAAUGAGGGAGACCAAAUACAAAUGUAAAGGCACGGAAGCAUAUCGCACAAGAGGAGCUGGUGAAUGCUCGGCUAUCCAUGACUGUCCUGAUCCUUGUGUUUGUGAAGGUACUGUUGUCGACUGCUCGGGUAAAAGACUGAGAGACAUACCGGAAAAUAUUCCCGCCUAUACAACAGAAUUGCGGCUGAAUAACAAUGUGAUUCCCAAAAUAAAAAGCAAUGGUUUCUUCAAGAAACUACAGCAUCUGACAAAAAUAGAUUUAAGUAACAAUGAAAUAUCUGAAAUAGAAGAUGGAGCUUUCCAAGGAGCUAAUCAACUUGCUGAUCUGAUGCUACGAACCAACCUCCUCACUUGCAUUUCCAACGAUACAUUCAGCGGACUGGAGUCUCUGCAAUUACUCUCACUUUAUGAUAACAGAAUCACACACAUAAUGCCUGGAUCGUUUGAUAAAAUGCCAGCAUUGACAACUUUGAAUCUUCUAGCCAAUCCUUUGAAGUGCUCUUGUCGUUUAAGAUGGUUGAGCGAAUGGUUGAAGAAAUCCAAUGCUGUAACAGGAAAUCCACGUUGUCAAGCCCCUAUGUCCCUUAAAGAUAUCCCAAUACAAGAUGUAGACAAGAAGGAUUUCAAGUGUGAUGGUGGUGAUAGAGGUGAAGAAGAGGAAGGUUGCGGAUCAACGCUGACCUGCCCCAUGGGGUGCACGUGCACAGGAACUGUCGUCCACUGUAGUAGGAGAAAGCUCAAGUCCGCACCCAGGAACAUCCCUCCCACUACAACCGAACUGUAUCUUGACGUUAAUGACAUUUCCAGAAUGCCUGAAGAUUUGAACAUUUUUAAAGAUCUGGAACGCUUAGAUCUCAGCAAUAAUCAGAUUACCGUUUUGCCUGACAACAUAGUCUCCAAUUUGAGCAAACUGUCAACGCUCAUUUUGAGUUACAACAAACUGCAGUGCAUCCAAAAAGACAGUCUUUUAGGAUUGAAAUCUCUUCGAAUUCUGUCAUUACAAGGAAAUGAUAUAUCGAUGAUUCCCGAUGGGGCUUUUCGAGAACUUGUUUCUAUAACUCAUAUAGCUUUAGGAGCUAAUCCUCUUUACUGCGACUGUAACCUACGCUGGCUUUCUGAGUGGAUUAAACAAGAUUACAUAGAACCAGGAAUUGCGAGAUGUGCGGAGCCUCGAGCUAUGAAAGACAAAUUGGUACUGACAGCUGCAUCAAGCGGUUUUGUUUGCACAGGAAAACCAGAAGCAGAAGUGCUUGCGAAAUGCGAUGCCUGUUACACUUUUCCUUGCCAGAAUGGAGCGACAUGUAGACCCAAACCUCUUAGAGAUUAUGAAUGCAUUUGUGCUCCUGGCUACCAUGGCAUUAACUGUGAGUAUGUCAUAGACGCUUGCUAUGGAAACCCUUGCGAGAAUGGUGGAACAUGCAAAGUGUUGGAAGCAGGACGGUUCAGCUGUCAUUGUCCGGCUGGAUAUGAAGGCGAUCGUUGCGAAACCAAUAUCGAUGAUUGCGUCGACAACAAAUGCGAAAAUAACGCAACUUGCAUUGAUCUAAUUGAAGAAUACAAAUGCAGAUGUAGUCCAGGAUAUACUGGAAAUUACUGUGAAAAGAAAAUUAACUUUUGUUCUAAAGAAUUUAAUCCAUGUAAGAAUGGGGCGACAUGCAUAGAUGAAAAUUAUUCAUAUAGUUGUGCAUGUGCAUUAGGAUUUACCGGGGACAACUGCACCAUUAACAUCAAUGAUUGUGUAGACCAUUUAUGUAAGAAUGGCGGGACAUGUAUUGAUGGGGUCAACAGCUACAGAUGUCAGUGCCAGGAUGGUUUCUCUGGUGCGUUUUGCGAGCUGGAGAACAUGGUGGAUUUGUUAUAUCCUCAAACUAGCCCCUGUCAACAUCACGACUGCAAGCAUGGUAACUGUUUCAUGCCUAGUAAUGCAAAGGAUUAUAUCUGCAAGUGCUGGCAAGGAUUUACGGGAAAGCUGUGUGAAUCUUUGACCAGCAUAAGCUUUCAUGAAGGUUCAUACGUGGAACUUGAUCCUUUACAUACGAAACCAGACGCCAAGAUUUCUGUAACAUUUGCAACAGAGCAAAAAUAUGGGGUCAUGUUGUAUAAUGGAGAAACUCAGCACCUUGCAGUUGAACUUUUCAGGGGUAGAAUAAGAGUGAGUUAUGAUGUGGGAAAUUAUCCCGUUUCGACGAUGUUUAGUUACGAGACUGUAUCUGAUGGCGAGUCGCAUACCGUUGAACUGACCCUCGUGAAAAAGAAUUUUACCAUGCGAGUGGACAAUGGCACCUCUAGAACGAUUGUUAACGAAGGCGCAAAAGAAUACCUGGAAGUAUCCUCACCUCUUUUCAUUGGUGGUAUUUCAGAGGAUGCAGCAAAAAGUGCUUUACGUCAAUGGCAUUUGAGAAAUACAUCAAGUUUUGAUGGUUGUAUAAAAGACGUUAGGUUAAAUGGAAAGCUACUUGAUUUCAUGAUAGCAAGAAAGCAGCAACGUGUCACCCCUGGUUGUGCAGAACUGGAACCUUGCAGAGAUCACAUGUGCAAAAAAGGUAGAUGUAUUCCAGUUGAUAAAACCAGUUACGAAUGUGAAUGUCGGAAAGGAUGGAGUGGAACCUACUGUGACCAAGCUCCUACCUGCCAAAAGGAGCCAUACAGAGAAUACUUGGAGGAAGAUGGAUGUCGCUCCAACAAGAUGAUAAAAAUGGCCAAUUGUGUAGGCUCUUGCCAAUGCUGUCGCCCACAGAGGAUAAAGCGACGCAGUGUUCGCAUGAUAUGCCCAAAUGGCACUAAGUACACCACACAAGUUGACGUAAUACGAAAAUGUAAAUGUGUUCAAAAAUGUUAACAAGUCAUUUUGGUGUCAUUACCUGGUCGUAUGAAUGUAAUUCACAUAUGGCUUUUAAAAUUAAAUAAGACAUUCUACUUUAAUAUCAUCUUAUGUUGGAAAAAAAGAUGGGAAAAAAUUUGCUUUUCUUUCAUGCGGACUACAGCAGCAAGAAAAGAAAAUGAACAAAUACUAUUGAUUGCAUUUCACGUUAAGUUGAAAUAAUUUUUAUGUUGGUGUCUAGGUAUGCAAUAAUUUGUGUACUACUUGCAAAAGAAAUUUAAUAUAUGGAUUAGCAAGAAAGUUUUUAUUUUUGUAGAUUUCAUUUGUGUUAAAUAUUUUGCUGCUGCCCCCCCCCAAAAAAAUCCAAAGAAUAGCUUAAUUACAGUAAAUGUCUCUGCUGCAUAUUUCAUAAGUUUUCAUUAUAAGAGUGAGAAAUAAAAAGAAAUUUAAUAAUCUUGUGAUUAUAAUAGUAAGGUAAUACGAAUAUAAAUAUUUUACAGUGACUUACUGCUAAUAUAAAUAAUAAAGACACAUUUACCCACCUCCAAAAAAACUUGUGAUUUUAAUAUUGAUUUUUUAAAUGUAUAUUGUAAUAUAAUAAAGGUUAUAUAAUUUACAACGAUCAGUUUUGUUAUAUUCCAUUAUUCUGUUAUCUAAAUGUAUUUCUACAAAAAUCUGCUUUACUUUGUUAAAAAAAUAAUAAAUUAUGUAUUCAUAUAAAUAUACUGCUGAAACAGAUAAAAAUCCAUAUAUGUAUAUAUACAUGAGCAAAACAAAUUUUUGAAAAAUGUGGCAAUUACCUCUUGAAGAAUUGCAGUAAUGAUGUAAUGUUAUACUCUGAGUUUUAUUAUACCAUUAUUUUGGCUGUUUUGCUCUCGCAAAUUAGUGUAUCUCACCAGCCUAUGUAGAAAUAAUUUUUGUAUAUUGUCGUUGUGAAAACCAACAAAGUGUAACAUGUUUGUCAUGCUAGAGUUAUUCAUUUAUGAAAUACUAUGUACAUACAUGUCAUAAUAAGCAUUUACAUUUAUUUGUUUAAUUUUGUAAAUUAUUCUUUAAUGCUUAUGAACACAGCAGGCAUGACAGAAAAGCAUUAGAAAACAGGCAAAAGACAUUACACAUUUAUAUCAUAAAAGUGUGGAACAAUUGAUAAAUAUAUAAAAUUACAAAUAUGCAGAAAUAAUGAUAAAAAAAUUAAGAAAGAAUUGCCUUUCCAUGUACUUUUAUAAUACACUUUAUAUGAGUACAUUAAAAUGUGGGGAAAAGUUUGCAUUUAGCAUCUGACACAUUUUAGUCAAGUACAGAAAACUUCCACACAUAAACUUGCCUAGAUGGAUAUUUUCAGCACAUAGAGUAAAUAAAGCACACAAACAAUUAACUAGCAGAAUUUUAACAAAGGCACAUCAAUAUUUUUGCAUUGCUUUUACUUGAUGGUAUUAUUUUUUAUUAAGGUUGCUGAAAUUUUAUUCCAUCUGAAGGAAAAUUCUGUGUUAACAGAAUUCAUGUAUCUUCACCUUACACACUUUUUUUUUAAAGUGUGUUUUAUGAACACAAAAAUGUAGAAAAGUUUCAAUUUAAGGAAACAGUUUAUAAUUUGUAUUACCUGCAUUAAAAUAGGAACAGUGAUUUCAGAUGUGUCUUUUGUUCGAAAUGGAGAAUUCUAAUCCCAUUUUGCUAGUGUUCUAGUUGUUUUAUAUUUUUGCUGUAAGUGCCUCAUUUGAUGUCUAGUAUUCUGGUGUACAUUGUAUUUCACAACUAAUAUUGGGCAUUUGUACUGCUGUAGUGAGUUUGAAGUUAACUGCACUGUUGUUACUGGCCUUUGUGUCAAUCACUUGUGUACUGAAAUCAGUUUUGCUUAAAGCUCUUUGUGUAUAUUUAUAUUUAAUAAUUCAUUGUUUUAACCAAUGUGUAUAUUUGUGCUGCACCGAUAUUUGUAUUAUGUUCAUUUAAUAAUUAGAAGUGAUUCACUAGCUUCAUAGAAAUAAAAUGGUCACAUUUCUAUUAA